AUGGCAGUUAGAAAAUUUUUUCAUGCAGUGGUGCCCGAAGGAUCUGAGAAAAGUUCAGACGCUAAUGAGAAGACUCCAAUUAAUAUAGAACGUAUCGCCAUUGAUCAAUACGGCUCUGUCGGAUCAUUCUAUGAUGGAUACAAAGAUAAUAUCCAGGGAAGAUUAGGUGUUAAGAUCAAAAUACAGUUUCAUAAACCCACUAAACCAAUUAAAUGUGUACUAAUCAAUGGAUAUGCACCUGAAUAUCAAAAUUUGCUUGAAUUUGUUGGUAUUGAUCAACAGCAACGAUUAAGUAUAUUAUUAGAAAUGACUUGUGCAACUGGAAUAGCUUCUCUAAUUAAUUAUUCUCAAUUGAUUAAUCAACACACUCGACUUUUUUAUAUUUACCAAGAAUCACAUAUAGAAUUAGAUAAAAAUCAUUUAUAUCAAUUCAAAAAUGCGGUAAGAUUAUCAACAUGUGAAAAAUUUGCGACCCACAUUAUCACUGAAAUCAUUUGUGGUGUUCAUCUUCUUGUUAUUCUACAAUUAUCUCCUGAUAAAGAAAGAGAAAUCGAUGAUUUGCUGAAAAAACUACAAGAAAGUAUAAUUACUAAAAAUCAUAUAUUAAGAAUAGACUCACAACAACAAGCUCUGCUUGAUCGAAUUAUUACAAGCACAGUUUAUUCAAAUAUAGAUAAUUUAAGUAAAAUAAAAAAAUUUCAACAUAUAUAUGAGGCAAUAAUAGAAUUGCAAAGAGAUGAUAAACUACAUGGACGAUUAAAAUAUAUUCUUACUCCUAUUGAAUGGUACUACGGUCAUCACGCUAUACAUUUGCCAAAAUUAAUUUUACGUAUAUCAGACGAGAUUGAAACUCUUGAGCAUUAUUUACUUCAACAAAAAUCUAAAUUAAAAGAAUUGAAUUUUAGUGCCAAUCAUAAUUUAUUUGAAUUAUUACAAGGUAAAUAUCAAAGACGAUUCAAGAAUAUUCAGGAAGAACUUUCAAAAUUACAAGUUUUACAUAUGAAAGAUAUUGAACGACUUCAUAAUAUAGUUUGGAAUAUUCGAAACGAAACGCUAAAUCAAAAUACAAUAAAAAGAGAAAUUAGUUUGGAUCAACCAAAAGAAACUCAGCAAUUGAUUAAAAAGAUUACUUAUGAUAUAGAUGAAUUGAAAUCAAGAGGGAGUCUAAUGAAACUACUACAAAGUGAUGGAUUUGAGUAUUGCGAUGUUACAGAUUUAGGCAUUCGUAAUGGAUUAGCAGACAGUCAAAUUAUUGAUAUGCUUUUUGGCAAUGAUUCUCAAAAAGCUUUAUUGUUUUCAAAUGAUACAUUUAGAAAUGAUGAUCAGAAAAAUUGGACUAUAUUAUAUUCUCAAAUGAUCGAGGAAAGCAAAAAUAAUCCUCAAUUACGUCUUGUCUAUGCUGAUUUCACUUAUUCAACAUAUAAAUUAAAAAAAAUGACAAUAAAUCUAUCGAAAGAUCUGAUAGAAAAUCAAAAUCCAUCAAAACCUCAACCAUCUGAAAGUGGUACAGAAAGAAAAUCUACUUCUCCGCCACCAUUAUUAUCAUCAAGUAACGAGUUUAUUAAUAUACUUCUUCUUGGAGAGUCAGGUGUUGGUAAAUCAACUUUUAUUAAUGCUUUUGCUAAUUAUCUUUAUUUUCAAAGUCUUGAUGAAGCUCAACAUGGAAAACCAAUUGUUAUAAUACCUGUUUCAUUUACAAUGACAAUUAAUGAUAAUUUUGAUGAACAAAUAAUUAAAUUUGGUGAAAUUGAUUCAAAUGAAAAUCAUAAUGAUAUAGGUCAAUCCGUAACUCAAAAAUGUAAAUCUUAUGUUUUUAAUAUUUCUAAUGAAAAAAAAUUACGUUUUAUUGAUACACCUGGUUUUGGAGAUACACGUGGUAAUAAUCAAGAUAAUCUUAAUAUGGAAGAAAUAUUUUCUUUUCUUCAUAAUAUUUCUUAUUUAAAUGGUAUAUGUCUUUUAUUUAAACCUGAAGUUGUACAAUUAAAUUCUUAUCUUCAUUCUUGUUGUAUUCAAUUAUUUGAUUAUUUUGGUGAAAAUAUUCGUGAUUAUUUUAUAUUUUGUUUUACGAAUACUCGUUCAACAUUCUUUGCUCCAGGUAAUACACGACCAUUAUUAAAUACAUUUUUCGAAUCAUUUCCUGUAAAGAAAAUUCCCUUUGAGAAAACGAAUAUGUUUUGUUUCGAUAGUGAAGCAUUUCGAUAUCUAGUUGCAAUACAAAAUUCAAUUAAGUUUGAUCCCAAAGAAAGAAAUGAAUUUGAACAAAGUUGGUCAAGAUUAGUGAUUGAAUCGAACCGUUUUCGUGAUUAUCUGUGUAAUCAAAAAUCAUAUCGUAAAAAUGUUGAAUGGCAAUCAAAUAAAGAUGCUCAAUCUCAAAUUAAAAACAUGAUUCGUCCAAUAUUAGAAACUAUAAGAAAUCAUCUUCGAAAUAUGAUUAUGUAUAAGCAUAAUUCAUCAAUUAAACUUCAUGCAACACAUAUGAAACAACCUACAAUGCUCUGCUAUGCUUACAAUCGUCAUCCUGAGAAUUAUGGCAAUAUUUGGAUAAUGCCAGAUCAUGUGCAUCAUUCGCCGAACAUGUGUACAUCACAUGAACAAAAAUCAAUUGAAUAUACACUCAAUUACGAAUUUCUUAACCAGAAAGUUGAUCAAUCAAUGGAUGAUUUAAAAAGUCAACGUGAUGAUCUCUAUGAAAUAUGUGCAAAAUUAUCUUACUUUUUAAUGAAGACAUCUCUGAAUUCACAAGACGAUCUAUUUCUUAGUGAUAUCAAUAGAAUAAUCAGUGAAGAGGAAUUUAUUUGUGAGACACAAACUAUGAAUGAUUUAAAUAGAAAGUUGUUGAAAAGAUUGGAAAACUUUAAGAGAAUCUAUGAAGAAGAUCUAAAUACAAUAAAAUCAAACAAAAAUGAUUUCACUUUAUCAGAAAUUUACAAUUUAAUGAAUUUAGUUUAUGAAAUGUCUAUGAUUAAAAUACAGUUAAAUGCCAUUAGAAAAUAUCGACAAACUUUGGUGACAAAUAAUCAAUAUGACGUUCAUAUAAACAAAACUUGUUCAUAG